AAUAAACCAUCUGGCCGUACAACUGUUUCUAAUUACUUCAUUGCCUAGACUGUAAACUUUGGGGUUUGGCACAGGCCUUUCCUUCCAGAAUGCUGCCCAAAUCCAGCUUCCAGGCAGCUAAUCAGAGGCACUUGGUGGAGCACAAGGAGAAAGAGACAGUUUUGGCCAGCUCGGAACUCUGCAAGCCUUCCGGGUCUGUCUGUGUUUCAGACUCUCCAGAAGAACUCCUCAUUUACUGCUGCCCUGGGAUCGAAGCAUGUAUACACAGGGGCUUCUCGGCUUGGUGCCGCUCCUGUUCAUGUCUUCACUGUUCAUCCUGCUGCCUGCUAUUUCGCAAAGUUUCUCCUUGUCCCUGCGGAGUGGUUUGGGAAGCACCUCAUCUUGCAGACUGUCCCAAUCUGAGUCAGAGCGUAGAUGUCGAAUCCCUGGUGGAAAACUGUGCAGUGGCAGAGGCCAGUGUGACUGUGGAGUCUGCAUCUGCCAAGUGACUGAGCCGGGCAAAUACUAUGGGCCCCUUUGUGAAUGCCAUGAUUGGGUGUGUGAAACCUAUGAUGGAGAAACAUGUGCAGGCCAUGGAAAGUGCGACUGUGGAAAGUGCAAAUGUGAGGAUGGUUGGUAUGGUGAUGCCUGCCAGUACCCAAUGACCUGCAACCUUACACGGAAGAAAAGUAAUGAAAUGUGCAAGAAUUCUCAAGAUAUCGUCUGCUCAAAUGCAGGAACCUGUCAUUGUGGCAGAUGCAAAUGUGACAAUUUAGAAGGGAAUGGGUUGAUCCAUGGUAAACAUUGUGAGUGUGAUGACAGAGAAUGCAUAGAUGAAGAAACUGGAGAGAUGUGUACAGGCCAUGGAAAGUGUUACUGUGGAAACUGUUACUGUGAGGCUGGUUGGCAUGGCGAUAAAUGUGAACUCCAGUGUGACAUCACCCCAUGGGAGAUCAAGAGGAGGUGCACAUCUCCAGGUGGCAAAAUCUGCAGCAACAGAGGCACCUGUAUAUGCGGUGAAUGCACAUGUCACGAUGUUGACCCAACUGGAGAUUGGGGAGAUAUUCAUGGAGACACCUGUGAGUGUGAUGAACGAAAUUGCAAGGGACUCUACGACAGAUAUUCAGAUGAUUUCUGUUCAGGUCAUGGACAGUGUAACUGUGGAAGAUGUGAUUGUAAACCAGGCUGGACAGGGAAGAAGUGUGAGCAUUCUCUUUCUUGUCAUAUGUCAGCUGAAGAGAGUGCUCGAAAAUGUCAAGGAAGCUCACACUUGCCGUGCUCUGGAAGAGGGAAUUGUGAAUGUGGGCAGUGCACUUGCUUCCCUCCAGGAGAGUCCAAAAUAUAUGGCAAAAUCUGCGAGUGUGAUGAUCGACAGUGUGAAGACAUAGACGGCAACAUCUGCAAUGGUCAUGGGAUCUGUUCCUGUGGUCGAUGCGUUUGUAAGGAUGGUUGGUUUGGGAAGUUGUGUCAGCACCCAAGGAAGUGCACCAUGACAGAAAACGAGAGCAGAAUCUUUUGCGAAUCAGCAGAUGGCAUCUUGUGCUCAGAAAAGGGUUCUUGUCACUGUGGAAAGUGCAUCUGUUCACCCCAGGAAUGGUACAUUACAGGGGAAUUCUGCGAAUGCGAUGACAGAGACUGUGACAAACACGAUGGCCUUAUUUGCACAGGAAAUGGUAUAUGUAGCUGUGGAAACUGUGAGUGCUGGGAAGGUUGGACUGGAAAUGCUUGUGAAAUCUGGCUUGUGGCAGAAUACCCCUAAUGCUGCCACAGAACACUGAAGACUGAAGGAUCCCUGGUUUGGUGCUUGUUUAUUUUAACUUAGGCUGCUAGAAUACUCAAAUGCAAGACAAAUUUUAAAACAAGCAAAUCCACCACUAGAAAUAAGUGAGCACUGCAGAAUAUUUCUGGGUGGAGGGAAAUCCAAUAAAAUCAGGACACCUAUCUGUUGUAUUGAAUCUGCUCUCAAUGCAGUCAGUGGGAACAGGACGAGAGCCCUCUGAUGUCAUAAAAAUAUAGCAUAGCCUAUAAGAGUGCCACAAAUAAUCUUUGCUGGAAAUUGCACAGACAAGAUGCAUUGUAUAAUGUAUUUGAGUGAUUGAAUUUCAGCUUUGUUGUGUAAUAACUGAAUCUGUAUGAAAAAGCUGGUUCAGGAACAUGUGAAACAUCUGAAUGGGGGGGAUGUCUUUGACCCUGAUGCGCUCUCUCUCUCUCUCUCUCUCUCACACACACACUUCUUUCUCUCUCUCUCUCUCUCUCACACACACACACACCACACACACACACCACACACACACACACACACCUCUGUUCUGUCAUCCCACUCACCAUCCUUUCCAUACACCUCUUGUGGCUGUUUGGAAGGGUAGGAAAGAUGGGGUAGGAAGGAGGUGGAUGAGGAAAUUUCUCCCUUCAUGAAGGUGUUGCUUUUUUCUAUAGGGGCUGAGCUGAAACAACUUCACCUUGUUUUAUAUUUAAAAAAUAAAAAGUGUCAAAAUGGUUUCCUACAUCAGUGAUUUUUGGCACAUGCUGAAAACACAUUUGUGUCAUUUCAGUGGUGUUCCUCAGUGCCGUUUUCAUUCUCUUUUGUUCCAUCAGUUGCCCCCACUAUCCACAAUUCUAUUGGCUGUGAUGAGCCAUGUGGUGUGGCAAAGGAUUCUGCAAUGCUUCCUCUGAUGCCACAACACUGGGAACCCUCGUGAACAAAAUCACAGGUGUUGCUGCAGCCAAGUAGAAUAAAUCGUAGUGUAGCUACAUGCGGCCAAAGUCUGUGAGGGUGGAGGAGGAGGAGGAGAAGCUGCAAGGGACACCAGAUAGAAGGGAAACAAUGCAAAUGUUUGUCAAAAUGAGUAUUUUUCAGUAAUCUGUUUAUUUGCAAAAUAUGUUCCACUUUUGAAUAGAAUAUCUAAAGUAUACAGGGCGUUGAAUGCUGUCCCUAAAUGUAUGUGUCUGUAUGAAUUAAUAGUAAACCCUUCCUUCCUGAGCUAUCAGAAACUCUUUUUCAGGCAAGCAGAAGUGAAUUGGCAAAAGUAAUACAGCAGUACCUAUUAUGUAAGCAUCAAUUUGGGUAAUUCCUCACCCUGACCCCAGAGGGUCAGAGACCUGGAAAGAAAAGGACCAUGAAAUACAGGGGAAAUGGCUUGCUUAUAGACUUCCUCCACAUGGAGGCAUAAACCACCAGGCCUGAUUUCAAGGCUACCUCCAGAUGGCUCCUGUUUCAUGGGCAUUGGUCCACAGGACUAAGAGUACUGAAGUGCUGAAAUCAAGUGCUGAAACCAUCCAGCCCACCACCAAGCAUGAACACACAUUUUUGAAAGAUUGUGAUGGAGUUUGGAAGUGUCUGAAAGAGCAAGAAACUGUGGGCAAAGCUGAGUUGGUAACUGUCUUAACGCCAACCAUUUUAUCGGAAUACGUGCCUAGCGUUAUCUAGUGAUGAAUCUGUCCGUCUCACAUCAGGAGACAGGACAAGCCUGAGAGCACAACAUAAUGUGCAUCUACAUUGUAUUUCUUCAUUGAGAUGCUUAGGGUGGGGCUAUACAGGUUUGUGAAGCAACAAGGUCAAGAAGCACUCUGGGGAUGCCACAGCUUAGAUUUUGGUGAGAAAAAAUGUAUGUAUAUGUAUGUGACUCACACCUGAUCUGCCCUGAGGGCCCCAAACCCAUCAAAAAGAAGUAGAGGACCUGCUUUUCUGUCAGGAGCCAUAUGCCAGUGGGGGGCAAAGUUAAAGCCAGUGGUGAACAGGUGCAGAGCCAAAGUGGGCAAGGCCAUCCCUUCUCUCUCUCUCCCCCCCUCUCUCCCCCCCUCUCUCUGGUGCCUCAUUUUCCCUCUCACAUGAGAUCUGCUUCUCUUUCUCCUUCUCCACGGAAGGCAGCAUAAAAUAAAAAGGGUUACCCAGCCUUGACUGUUCUGUUUGACUUGACAGAUCACAAGUUCUGCAGGUCAGGCAUAAUGAAUGAAUUCACAAUUCAGUAUCAAAUCAUUGGCUUAGCUCAGGGGUAGCCCAGUUGUUGUUGGACUGAAAUUCUCAAGGGCCCCAGCUAGAAUGGCCAAUCAUCAGGGAUACUGGGAGAUGGAGUCUAACAACAUGUGGAGGGCACCACAUUGGCUAUCCCUGGCUUAGUUCUUAAUUACAUAUAACCUUCUCAUGUUACAUUAGGAAUACAUACUGUCUGAUCUUUGAUGUAAAGUAAAUUUGAUGUAAAGUUUAUAUGACUUUAGGAGUGCCUUUUUAUGUGCGUAACAUACUCCAUUAUCACAUAUAGUAUUCAUCAAAUCAAUAGAAAAAAAUGAAACUGAAGGUUCACCAAUGGAGGCAGGUCAGUUUACCCAGGUCUGAUAGGGUCCUGCGCAAAGUCAUACUCUGAUGGUGGAGCAUUAGGCCAGAAAAAAGAUUUAAAUAGUGCAUCCAGGGCACCUAUCAGUGGUGAGUCCAGCCCCUUUAACUGCCCAAACUUGGUGGCAUCCCAAGUUCAUCUGUAGCAUAAUUGCGGGCAGUCAAAGCUAUUUAGACCAUGCCAAUGCAGAAAAUUGAAAUUGUGGAUUUAGAAAAGUAAAUACAAAUAGGUCAGUCUUAGGAACAUUUUUUUUUAUUUUCAGUGGUGAAAUGCUGCUCAGUGUGGUGUUCACAUUGAAUUAUGAAAAAAUGCACAGCUCUCGGGGAGUUCCCUGCUAUAUUUACAUAUAAUUACUUUUUGUACAUAGAGAAUUGGCAGCCCUUUAGUUCCUCAGAGAAAAAAAAUUACAUACAUUUUCUUUUCAAAAAGUGCUUACAUUCUAUGUAAAUGAUAGUAAAUGCAAAUUGAUUAAAUGUUUGGGGAAAUACUGUAUUCAGAUAUAAAAGUUUAAUAUAUUAUUUUGUUGCAACGCAUUGGAUGUCCAUAUUCAGAUUUUGGAUUGACCCAUAACUCAAAAACAAGGAAAGACCAAUUGCAAAAUAUAUAUUCUUAAUUACUGUAGAAACUUGGUUUCUUUUUUGUAGAAAGAGCAUGUACUGUUUAAAUAGGAAACCGCUACCAUAAAGAAAAAGUGUGAAACUUACAGAAGGCCAGUAUUUCCUGGAUAUGAAAAGUCCCCCACCCACUCAUACACCCCUCGCACCCACAAAGCACAGCAGUCUUCAUGUGACAUUAUUUUUCUCUUGAAAAAGCGUAAGAUGUACCUCUUAUCAGAGCCUGUAUUCAGUGACCUCUAAAUGUCUGUGCAUAAUUUAUUAACAGGAGUUAUGUGCAUGCAUAAUCAGGUAGAUAUUCCUCAAAGCUGUUCUAUGCCAUCUUUAAACUUCAAAUAUUGCACUUCCAAAAAUAUUGAUGCAUUAUUACCAGAAGGUUUACAGUGAAGCAAUAAUUAAAAAUAAUGGUUGCUGCUUUGACUAGAAACUGUUAUGAAAAUAUUUUUAUAUAUAAGACCUAUGUGGUUUUUGUGAACCUAUAGCAACUGGAGUAGUCAUCUACAUGUUGGUUGGGCUUUAUUUAUGUAGAAACAUACAGGCUGGAACAUAAAGAGUCCAAUUAAUAUGUUGUAAGUUGGGUAUGGUUAGAUCCCUGUGACUGGAUCUAAGCCACAUUGGUUGCAUUUGAAUGACAGAACUGCAUGGUCAACACUGAUCUAUGUAGUAUGUUGCUACAUGCUCACUUAAUUUAAGAGACUCAAAACAAAUGCUACUCCUCACUGAAAGCAUACAUUGGCCCUGAUGUAAACGCUUACAUAUGAAGUGGUUUCUGAUUCUUGUCCUGAAAGCAAAUGCUCUGUGCACACUUUUGUGUUCUACUGUGCCUACAGAGUUCCAUGCAUGUAUCAGAGCCAUUAGACUGCAGCCUUUGCAUUUACUUGUGUUUGCAUGGAAGCUGUAAAAGGGCUUGAGCUAGGAAACAUGUCUCUAAACAAAUUGAAUGCCAUGCUGUACUUGUUUUUCUUCAGUGUUUAAUGUACUAGCUCCAAGGUCUAAAAUACUUACAGAAGCAGAAAGGUGAAACGUUAAGGCCAACAUAUGAUCUCCUUUUGAAGGGCAACUCUAUUAAAAUGCAGGGGAGGGGCUCCAUGAAUCCAGUGGGCUCAGGCUUUUACGUCCGUUCAUAUAACUUGCAGAAAUGGCCAGAUACCAUAGGUGAAAAGGAAUAUCAUGCAUGACAUUAUUUCUUCUUGUUUAUGUAAACUGUGCCAGCCACACUUUAUCUGGCAUGAGUUGAUUUUAUCAGAUGACUGAUGUGAACUAGGGAGCUGGGAGAUAACUGCAUACCUACAGAGGCUGAGGUGCCAUUUGCUCAGUCCAUAUCUUUGUACCUCAAUUCACAUGUAAACCACUUUCUCAGUGUAAUGCAUGCAUUUUGCAGGUAGGUGCCUGUAGGAACAACCCAAUUUGUUCCUGAGGUGCUACAGUAUCUUACAGUUUAACAAGGUUAAUUCUCUGUAGUUAAGAGGAGAAAUGGUCUAUUUCCACUGGUAGAAAUGACUUCUAGACAGGAGAUGAGCCAAUGUUGACUGUAUAAAUUCUUAGGAUGCACUGUAUUUCUUACAUCUAAUGUACUUAGUCAUCUGUCUGGCUGCCUUUAGACUGUCCCCUGCACUACAGUACUUGUUACCCUUGCUAGCAAUAGCUGUGAGGCUUGAUUAUGUAAACACUCUAGUCAGGAACUGAUAAUGCUCAACAACUCUCAGCCAGUUGCAUGCAGUUAGGCACAUUGCAACUCGUUGAUUUCAGUGCGUUUUAGCAUACUGUAUAAAAUCAAGUAGUAUGUGUUUCAUGCCUACUAAUCCUAUCCUUUAUGCCAUUACAGGGACCUCUCGGCCAUUUACAAGAUAAGAUGACAAGCAGGCACAUUCCCUUACAACACAAGUAUGAGAGUGAAAUGUUCUCAACCAAUAGCAGUGAUUCUUACCCUACCCCUUUUAAGACUGUGAAGGAACAUGGGAUGGAUUUUAGCAAUCAACAGCAAACAAACAAAAGUGGCAAGCCAUAAAAAUGGGUUCACCACAUCAAAAAAUCAACAAUUGAGGUACAAGCAAGUCAUCCCACCUGCAACAUACUUCGGGAUAAAUCAGCUGUAAUAUCUUAGUAAAACAUUGCACAGUUUUGUGGGUUGCCCCUUUUGUUCACAUGUUCCUCUUCACCAACCUUUGCACAGUUCUGAUUUAAGAGAAAGCAUAGUGAAAUUGGGGAAGACUGAGAUAACAAUGCCUUUGAUGAUGGGACACCAUCUCAGCUGCAUUUAGUAGCAGAUCUGGGUGACGUAUAGAUAGUGAAACCCUUUGCCCAGUGGGAACCAAAUGGUUGUCAGUUUCACUCACCCUUCCUGAGAACCUACCUUGCUACAGUUGAUUAGGCUAUAAGAUUUUAUCUUGGAUGCCAUAUACUUGCCCACAUAGCCAGUUCAGCACGUGUACUAUAAUAAGGAUUCUCCAUGGCCAUAUGAUUAAGUAUUGCCCUGGGCUCCUACUGGGAGGAAGGGCAGGAUAUUAAUAGAAUAAAUAAAUAAAUAAAUAAAAUAAUACAUACAGAAACAUGAAUCUAAUAUGGCUUGUUGCUUUUAUAUAGACUGUCCUCUUAAUUCUAGAAGUAACACGUCCCUUGACAUCUAUGUUGCAAUGUAUACUUUUAUAAUGGAAUAACCUAAUACUUUCAAAAUAUGGAUCUUCAAGCCAAUAAAAUGUUCAGUAAAAAGUAGCACUACAGACUUUCUGAAAUGGUGCCACUUGAAACUACAGGUAGAACAUUGCUAUGUUUGAAUUCUUCCCACAUGAAACAAUCCCCCCCGAAGUCUUUCCUUAUCCACGCAGGUGUAUGUGUGUAUAUGUAUGUAUGUAUGUAACAGUUAUAUAGGUGUUAAGAAUUGUGCCACAAUUCAGUGCAGAUGGGUCUUGUAAAUUCAUUCAGGAUAUUGUCCCCUAAAAUUUGGAGGACAGCUCCUGGGGGGCAGGGGGACAUUUUGGCCACAGUCCAGAAAAGAAGUAAAAUAUCAGCCUUGAUAAACAUAGUUCACUUUGUUUCCCUUCAGGGAGAAAGAAUCGUAUUGGUACAGAUUUUUUCUCUGCCAGAAGUAAUUGUAUCUGUCCAUCCCUAUGUACAGACUCCCACCUAUCUCUAUUGAAAGACUAAGAACCCAACUCUUUGUGGUGAAGGAAUCUUUCCUGAGAUCUUUUCUUUAUUUCAAAGCAGUGUUAAUUUGGUUGGAGAAAGAGCAUUGGGGCAGAGUGUUUAACCCUUUUCUCUCCAGGUCAUGUGACUGAUCAAAAUUGUUCCCCUGAAUCUGCUGUUAGCCCUACUUGGGGAGGGGGAAUAGAGGCAUUAUACAGGUACCUGUAUUUUACACCAGUGAAGCUAACAACAGCUUUGAUGGAACAAUUUAAACCAUGGGGGAAAGGGUUAAGCAUCCACUAUCCCUGCACUGAUCACUAUCCUCAAAGCUGCUCUGAAGCAAAGAAAAAGACAUUGGGAGACCCUAUCAUUACUCUCUUACAUCACAUUAAACAUAUUGGGAUAAAAUACCUCCUUUUGCUUAUGAUUUUUUAAAAUAAAAGAAUAAAAAUAAAUUGUAUUUAAGUAUUCAUACCCUUUUGAUGUCAAAGUUAAGCAUUUCAGUGACAUAAAAGAGAAGGUAUACAUGCCAAAUCAUGUAAUGUCAUAUCAUAAUGGCACUAUGGUAGUGAAAAAUUUAUCCCGUUUGUAAAAAUUAGGGGGUCUUUCCCUCCCCCACCAGCAAAAUCUUUAUUGCACAUAGCUGUUUAUUUUUAUAUGCCUGGAUAGGUUAAUAUAAAUUUGAAGAAGUUAACUUAAAUUGCUGCAGGGGGAAAUAAUUUCAUACAAAUAUUUUAUAAGUCAGUUUGAAAGUAACUUCAAGGAGAGUAAAUGCUAAAGUGCAAAGUGUGUUGCAAACAUGUAUAUAUUAUAUUCCUCUUAGGUCCCUAUAGAGUGUAUGAGUGUUGAUGAACUAGUAGGAAUUCCUGUGCAUCUCUGGAAUUCUUCAUAGACCGAACAAAAAUGAUACUUAAUUCAGUAUUUUAGCAAGAGAUAGAUUUUUCAUGCAUUUAGAUGAAAUUUUGCAGAAUAAAACUUUAGCCAAAAUAAAACUGAAUGUUUUGUUUUAAUGGCUGAAAGGAUGAAAGUUGCACUCGUAUCCCACUUCAAUCCAUCACCCAGAUCCGAUGAGGAGUUUGGGGUAAACAAGCUGUAAUUAAUGCUCAGAGCUCCUUCAUCUACAUUGCCUUCCUCGUGUAUCUCAGCGGAAACAGCUCCCUCUGUUAACAUGAACAGUGAAACUCAACAUGCCCACGAAAUCCAUGAGUGCAAACUGAUUUCUGGAUCAGGGUGAAUGGAUGUCUGAUUCCCCACUGAGAUUAGAACUGUAUGAAAUAGCUGUGGUCUGUCAUUACUGUAUUUGUUCACUGCUGGUAAUGCUGCCUCCUCUUGAAUGCCUUUGCAGCCCUCUUGGGGAUUAAGCUAAAGCCAACACAACAAAACAUGCAAACUGAGAAAGUUGGAACACAAACAGGGUGUACAUGGAAGUAUAUAACACACACAAUCUGUAAAUACAAAUUGAUUCCAUCAGGUUUACUGUACAGUUCUUUAGUAACAGACAGUUGAAAAGAAAGUUUCACUUGACAGCAAAUUAAUUUGAGAGGGAACAAAAUGGUGACAUCUUGUCCUGGAAAACAGCAAGAGAGGUAAUAUAUCAAGGAGCUAAAAUUUUCUUUGGCAUGGUCGAGGGAGAGAGAUUGAGUUUUGCCCAACUAUUUACAUGAUGUUUUGUUAUACUGCUGCCAAUGCAAUGUUACUUUGCACAAUGCUUUUUUGUUGUCGUAAAAUAUCAAAUGGUGGUUUUUUCUCUCAAU